AUGUUAACAACUAUUAAUUUGAAAAUCAAUAACUAAAUACUUGAGUUUAUAUUGAAUAAAGGGGAUAUCUUAUGGAAAAAGGUUGAAUAAUUUUGUAUUGAAAACAAUUUACAAAGACAUUAGGAUCAAAUAUUUAAUCUAAUUUACAAUGAAUUCCAAAAAGCAGAGAAAUAAGAAACAAAACCUUAAUAAUCAUUUAAAGCUUUAAAUCCUUCUUCCAAAUAAUUACUUUAUUAAUAAGAUAAAAAAGAUAAAAUCCAGAAAUAAUAAUAAUAAAAUAGAAGCAUAAGUCCUUCAGCUAAAAUUCUCACACCAAAAAAGUCUACUCACCAAAAAUAGCAAAUUUCUUAAUUUGUUCAUUUCUAAAAUAAUCAAUCUGGAAAUAAACAAUUAAGAGAAGAAUUUUAAUCUGAAUAAAACAAAAAUCAAAUGGAAUUUCAAAAGGAAAAUUGUAAUUUCAGAGAAGUUCAAUUAUAAUAAUAAUUUGAUAAAAUAGAUAAUACUUUAAUCUCAAAUAUUGCAAAAUUUGAUAAUUUAAUAAAAGCAGUAUAUAAACAAAUUGAAAAUAUAUCAAUUGAUAGUUCUAUUUAACCUAUUUGCAUAUAAUUAUAUAAUCGAUUAUUGAGUACAUAAGAAAAGAAAAAGUCAUUAAAAUUAAAUAUGAUAAACUAUAAUCUAUUGGAAGAUAAAGAAAUUUAUGUUUUGGAAUAAAUUGUUCAGAAAUAUUCUUUAUCUUUAGCAAUAGAAAUGAGUAAGACUUAAUUUAUAAUUUUAAUGAUUGGAUUGAUUAUUUCAGAUGAAGACUAAAAGAACAAAAAUGGCGUUAAGGUAAAAGAAUUAAUAAACUUCAAUCCUUCCUUAACUCCACAUUAUCAACUAUAUUGUUGA